GAGUCCUAAAUGUUUUACGCGCACUUUGUGCUCAACAAGAAGGGGCCUUUGGCCCGAAUCUGGCUAGCUGCACAUUGGGACAAAAAAUUGACCCGUGCCCAUGUUUUUGAGACCAACAUCAGCUCAAGUGUCGAGGCAAUCUUGGAGCCCAAGUUGAAGAUGGCGCUACGCACGUCUGGUCAUCUACUUUUGGGCGUCGUACGGAUUUAUUCACGCAAGGCUAAGUAUCUAUUGGCCGAUUGCAAUGAAGCUUUCGUUAAAAUAAAAAUGGCUUUCCGACCGGGUAUGGUGGAUUUGCCAGAUGACGCCAACCGUGAAGCGGCUAUUGCGGCCAUUACGCUCCCCGAGAACAUUCACGACUUUGAAGCUACUAUUGCUGACCUGAAUGAAAUAAAUAUGAAUACCAUAGCCAUCAACCAAAGUCGACCAGAAGAUAUUACCAUGCGAGAAGAUUUCGGCGAAAUAAACCUCGGACGACAAGACGACGAUUUCGGCGACUCCGUUUUCGAUGAGGCAUCUAGCCGUGAGGUGAUUCGUGAGGGAGACAAGACGUACAGCGAUGGCAUUUACCGACCAAGCGAUCAACUUUCUGUUCGUGGGGGACCGGAUUUUUCCAUUCGAUCUGACCAGGAAAUGGACGCAACAUUGAUUGGUGGUGAUCAUCUUGUGGGCUUACAAGACCGACAACCUAAACCUGGAGAUCUAACUGCCCGGGCCGAUGAUAUCGGCAUCGAUGACAACGAUUUUGGAGAUGGAUUUUUAGGUGCACCGGAUGAUGACGAUGAGAACUUUGGUGGCGAAAUCGAUCACUCCCUCUUUACUGAUGUCGCCAUCUUUGAAGACCCCUCUGCACAAAAGCAGUUGGAGAACAUUACUUCUGAAAUUGAGUCCCACAUGGAUACAGCUCGGUUCAAUUUACAUGACAGGACCACUCCAAUUCCCACCUCUGCUGAUGCGUUGGAUCAGGGUCCUCCCGGUCAACCAGUCGCCACCACUGUGAGUCAUCUCAUACGCGAUGGAUUCCCGGCUACCGCCGUUACUGCGACCGGCGAUAGUGUGUCGGAGACGAGCUUGACCUGUCUACCUGCGGUUACUCUAACAGUGUCUAGAAUAGGGGCCAGCACCAUUCACGGCGAGAGCACUACUUUAUUGACCAAUGAAUCGGAAGCUUUCGCUUUGCCGCCAAUCGACGCCACUACUGUCAUAAGCACGGAACCUAAGAGGGUCGGCAAGCGAAAACGCCGUCUUAUUGUGGACGAACUGAAGUCUAUCCCCAGUGAAACAAUGAAACUACAAAUGGAGGACACUUCCGAGAUCACAACCCAGCUUGAUCUUGCACCACCUACGAAAAAGCUAAUGCAUUGGAAAGAAACCGGCAGCGUGGACAAGCUGUUCACGUUACCCGGUCGUGCGAUUCCGUCCCGCAUUUUACAACGCCUAUUUGUGUGCAAUUUACACACCAUUCCAAUUCCAGACGAUGCGCCUGAGGAACAGCUUUUUAUGCCCUGUCCUACCAAGCUGGGUUUCGUCCCAAUGCCCGCACCGUCUGCACUUAUCGAAACAGCUCCCGAGCAAGCGGCUCACCCCCAAGUUUCUCUCCCAUCCGCCGUUGUUCUGCCUCCCUCGAAAUCCCCUGAUGUACCAUUCCCCACCGAGGCUCCGAGCAUGCAUAAGCAGCUGGACGUCAUCAGAGAGAUUUCGGAAGAUGCGUCCAAUCAGUUGUCCGCCGGCAGAGAAACAUCGGACUUCGACCAAGUUCACGGUCCAAUGGUCCAUGGCCACGAUGAUUUUGAUGACGCGAACAUGCACGAUGACUUGGCCUUUAUGGGCGAACCCCCUACGCCAUACAUGCCACCUCCUAGCGUGCUGUCCGAGGCACCGCCUAGCGUGAUACGAGCGGACAUGCUCGCUUUGGAACGCGAGUUGGCGGAAGCCGAUGAUGAGGCGGAGAACCAACUAGCCCUUGCAUUUGCCAGCGCGCACCCGGAAUCCGCUUCGCUUCUUUCCGGUGGGACCACUCCAGUCCCCGGUGGCGUCGGUGGAGCAGCUGACGUCUCAGAACAGGUUACCGUAGAAUCCUUGGAAGAGCGUCGAUUGGAGAAACGAUCCAAAGUCCUGUUGCGUAUGCUGCGCGCACACCAGCAACAAUUCGGCUGGGAUGGACCGCUUUCAUUACAGUCUAUUUGUGCUGGCAAUACCAAAAAACAGGCCGCUUCAAAGUUCUACACCAUUCUGUUGUUGCGUAAACAAGGCGCAGUUGACCUAAAGCAAGAAGCUGCCUAUUCGGACAUUCUCAUUUCCAGGGGACCAAAUUUCAAUCGCCUCCUAGAUGUCUAGCACGUGUGCACACACACAUGUGUGCUACACUCGUAUCUGAUUACUCUUUGAAGUUUUUACUCUCUUCUCUCCGUCUCUUUUUUUAUCUUCGGUGUAUUUUCUCGCGACCGUAUACUUACAUGUCAACCUUAUUGCCUGUAUGUGUAUUCACAAUCUUUUCUUUAUUUGGACUUUUCUACUCUAGGACCUGGUGCUGGCUUUUUUUUCUGAACGCGCUUUAGACAGAUCCCCUUUCUAUUUCUAAAUAUUUAGUAAUUUUUUUAUAAAUAUGAAUGUCAAUUUGUAUAAAAGUAUAUCACUAACCGUCCUCAGUGUG